CUUUAUUAAAAAAUAGUGUUGAUUGACUGAAAAACUGACCUUUUAGGCUUUUUUUUAGGUACAAGUGAUUAGCAUUUUCCUAAGGAAAAUAGGCUUUUGAGCAGCUGUCUCUGCAUGUGUGUACAUUUUUGUUUGCAUAAAUUGGAGUGCAGUCUGGUAGAAUGUUACUGUUUUGCCUGUUUAUGGUAAUUAUAUAUUACUGUAGAAAGGUUCUGCAGGUUAAUAAUCUUAGUUUCACUUUGAGAAAAUUUUAGGGAGUUUGGUUGUUGUUAGGCCAAUAUGGACCUGUCUCAGAGAUCCUUUGACAUUUUUAUGGUUUUGCUUAUCAAAUUUUAUCACUCUUCUAGACCUGUUGUUCUCUGAAAUAUUCCCAUAGGCAACAGAAACCCACCAUUUAAUGUAGGGAAAUAGUCAAGAAAGAAACCUUUCUAAGACUUACUAGCAGAGACUUGAACUAAAUUCAUCAGGGGAAGGGAUGUGCUUCUGAGUGUCAGAGAGGAACCAGGACACACCAGCACUCUAGGAAGCAGCAGGGAAACAUCUGUGAAUUGUCCCAAAGGAAUUAGGGAUGACCUCUCACAAAUGAUGAAGAGGCCAUUCUAUGAUUCUCUGAGUGGUAUAUUAGGUUCUAUGAUUUUCUGCAUCUUAUUAACCUAAAACCAAAAGGAUAUGAAAACUUAAAAUGAAUAAGCUUUGACUUAUAUGCACACUGGUGACGCUUUUAAUUUUCUUUUAUGGCUUAUAUUAUUUUGUUAAAUGUCUGUUUUGUUGUCUUGGGUUGAAAAAUGUAACCAAAAAUGUGUAUUCUAUUUUCAUUUGUUAUAACUGGUUGGGAGAUAUUAUUCUUUAUCUCUUGUAACUCUAGGGGUGGAAAGAGGGCAGAUGCCUUCUGUUAAUGGGACACCUGAUAACACCAGAUAUGGCAGUGCCUUCUUAUCUCUUCCUCCACCUAUCCUCCUCUGAGGGUUAUCACCUGUGAAUGGGCCAUUUAAGGCCUCUCACAUGCCUGAUAACAUUACUUCAUUCCAUUGUGAGAUGCUCCACCCAGUGGGAGGAGCCAAAGCCUUUCCACCGGGAUAAAACCAGCAAUCCCAAACACCAAGAGAGCUGGUUUUUCCUCUGAAUUCUCAGAGGAAGACCUGACCCAUCUUGCCAGCACUGGACUUUUUUUUUUGUUUGUUUGUUUUUUGGUUUUGUUGUUGUUUGUUUAUUUGUUUUUUUCUACAGGACCAUCUCUACUUCACAGAACAACACCUGUUACUCCAGGAAGACUUAUUUGGACUGCUUCCAACACCCUGACAACAGGGUGUCAGGUCGUAUCUCUGUCUCUGUCAGGGUUCUCUAGGACUUUUGUUUGUUUGCUUGUUUGUUUUUUGUUUGUUUGUUUGUUUUUUGUACUACUGCAUUUGUAUUUUUAAAUAUUCCUAGCAAACAACAUUUAUUCCUAUUCCCAUAUUUUUGCCUGAGAGUUCCUAACUGCAAAAUUGUAAUAAUUUGGAGGGAGGGGGUUUUUGCCUUCUCCAUUCCAAGAGAAACUCCAGUUUUUCCUGACAGAUUCCUGUCUUUCCAAGCCAACACAUUUGUUUUCCGGAAGAUACUUUUGCUAGGCGAACUUGUUGGUUCUGAUAGUAAAUCCUUACUGAAAGAGGCUGAAAUGGUUUGUGUUAAAUUUUAUGUCUACUGGAACACUGCACAGUUGUUCCUAGUGUAGACAGGCUAUUCUUGCAGUAGAAGAUGGGUUUCAAGUGGAAAUGGUGGCUCACCCUUUUCUGUUUUAUUAACUUCAGAUAUAACUGAGAUAAUCCAUUCAUUCCAGCUCUACAUUUAUUGUGUGGGGAUUGUCCUUUUUUUUUGUAGGUAGAGUAACUGAGGGAGGGAGGGAGAGUUUUAUUUGUGAUUACAGAGACAGUGUAAUUAUAUGCUUUAUUAUAAUCAGUUUACAUAGAAAUGUGAAUGACUGGGGACAUCUACUGACAAAAUCAUUGUAACUGAAUAUUUUGCAGAAUUGAUCAAAACCUAAUUCUUAAUUUUUUUUCUUUUUUUUUUUUUAAAGGAACUUCAUGUUGAUGUUGCUUAUGCCAGAAUACAGUAAGCAAGGCAAAUUAGCCCCAGCCUGGUGUAAACUUUUAAUUGGCCAACAUGAUGCAAUUGAGUAUGAAUUCCUGGUGGCUUUGGAAAUGAAAGAGAACUGAGCGCUCUGGCUGGAAGUUGAACGUGAUGACGGCCUGGUCUAUGGUAGGGAAGUUGAAAAUGGAGAAGAGGCACUCCAGAGAAGACAGAAAUGUGGAACAAGAUGUGGGGGAAUGCAGUGCUGAAUCUGAGGAAUGGACAAGCUCAGAAAGUGAGCCUGAGCAACCAUACUUCAGAAGCAGUACUCAGUGGAGAGAAAAGGAGGUUUCCACCAAACCGUAUUGGCCACUCUGCCGGUCCCCAUGUCUGGAUCGCCCAAGUUUUUCAGAGAGCAGUAUCACACAAGACUUGAAGUUAGAUGAAUGCAAAACAAAUUUGGACAAGGAAUACCAAGCUAAAAUGGAUUUUGCUUUAAAGCUCGGGUAUGCAGGAGAUCAGAUCCAGGCUGUACUGAAUAAGUUGGGAGCAGAUGCGCUCAUCAAUGAUGUUCUUGCAGAGCUUGUGAGACUUGGCAACAAAAGUGAAUCAGAGGGACAAAGCAUUGCCAGCACUACCACUGGUGCUCUGGUGCCAAGAGGCCCUUGCCCAAAGGAAAUAGCAAGCCCUGAAUUGUCACUGGAAGAUGAAGUGGUGGAUAACAGUGAUAACUUGAGGCCAAUUGUCAUUGAUGGAAGCAAUGUUGCUAUGAGCCAUGGGAACAAACAAGGAUUUUCCUGCCGGGGAAUUCAACUAGCUGUUGAUUGGUUUCUGGAAAAAGGACAUAAAGAUAUCACUGUGUUUGUACCUGCAUGGAGAAAAGAACAAUCUCGACCUGAUGCACCAAUUACAGAUCAAGAAAUCUUACAUAAAUUGGAGAAAGAAAAAAUUCUUGUUUUCACCCCGUCUCGAAGAGUUCAGGGAAGAAGAGUUGUUUGCUAUGAUGAUCGAUUCAUAGUAAAACUUGCUUUCGACUCAGAUGGCAUCAUUGUGUCAAAUGAUAACUAUCGGGAUCUUCAAAAUGAAAAACCAGAAUGGAAGAAGUUCAUAGAGGAGCGGCUGCUAAUGUAUUCUUUUGUGAAUGACAAAUUUAUGCCUCCAGAUGAUCCUUUAGGACGCCAUGGUCCAAGCCUUGAAAAUUUCUUAAGAAAAAGGCCAGUUAUUCCUGAACAUAAGAAACAACCGUGUCCUUAUGGUAAAAAGUGCACCUAUGGGCACAAAUGUAAAUAUUACCACCCAGAACGUGCAAACCAGCCUCAAAGGUCAGUAGCGGAUGAGCUUCGAAUAAGUGCCAAAUUAUCUGCUGUGAAAACUAUGAGUGAGGGAGCCUUGGCCAAAUGUGGCACAGGGCCAUCCAGCUCCAAAGGAGAAAUCAGUUCUGAAGUGAAACACAUUGCCCCAAAACGUCAGUCAGAUCCAAGCAUUAGGUCAGUAGCUGUGGAGCCUGUGGAAAAGUUAUCAGCAGCCCGGAAGUCCGAGGCCAGCUCUGUCCCAUCUCUGGUUUCUGCAUUAAGUGUACCAACGCUCCCUCCACCAAAAAGCCAUGCAGCUGGUGCAUUAAAUACUCGUUCUGCAAGCAGUCCGGUGCCAGGUUCCUCACAGUUCAUACAUCAGAAAUCCUCACUGGAACAUAUGUCCAGUUUGCAAUAUCCUCCUAUACUAGUCACCAAUAGCCAUGGCACCUCAGUUAGCUAUGUUGGCCAGUAUCCCAAAUAUGAGUCACUGGGGGACCAUGGCUAUUACUCCUUACUCAGUGAUUUCUCCAACUUAAGCAUAAGUAGUAUCCGUAACUCAGAUUAUUACGGGGCUGAUAUGGACCAGGGGAUGUAUUCUAGAAACUCAAGCCCCUGUCCUGAUAAUUGCUUAAGCCAUACAAGUAAUGAUUCUUAUUCCUCUUACAAUGACUUGUAUCUGGGUAUAGCAGAUGCCAGUCCAGAAGACAAUGUGAAGAGCCACAGACUGCCAUCGAAAAAUCGUCUUCAGCCUUUCCCUCAUGGUUACCAUGAAGCCUUAAAUAGAGGUCAGAGUUACAGAACUGAAGAGCCUAAGCAAUCCCUUCGGAAACAGUCAGUUUCCCACUUAGGCCUACAUGCCCAGCAUCCCAUUGUUGGAGCACGGUCCAGUUGUCCAGGAGAAUACCCUGUGCCUCAAAAUGUUCAUCCAUCAACUGUACAACCAAGCCGUGCCUUGGUGAUGACAAGAAUGGACAGUAUUUCUGACUCACGGCUUUAUGAAAGUAACCCUACAAGGCAGAGACGACCACCUCUUUGUCGAGAGCAGCAUGCCAGCUGGGAUCCAUUACCGUGUGCAUCAGACUCUUACACUUACCACUCAUAUCCACUGAGUAACAACCUCAUGCAGCCAUGUUAUGAACCUGUCAUGGUAAGAAGCAUGCCUGAGAAGAUGGAGCAACUCUGGAGAAAUCCCUGGAUUGGGAUAUGUGGUGAGCCACAGGAACCUCAUAUCAUACCAGAACAUCAGUAUCAAACAUACAAGAACCUCUGCAAUAUUUUCCCUCCAAGUGUUGUCCUGUCUGUGAUGGAAAAGAAUCCCCACGUGACAGAUGCACAACAGCUGGCAGCUAUGAUUGUUGCCAAAUUAAGAACAGGGCGUUAGAGCAGUACAGCCUCUUUUGGAUAAAUGAACCUGUACAGCACAUAGGACCCAGAGGAAAACUUACAUGAAGGAAAAGGCCAAUCUAUUGUAAAUCUUUUCUAAGACAGUAUAAAAUUCUAUACACAGUAGCAUUCAUAUAUGUGCUGAGGCACUAUAUAAAAGUUGAUUGUAUUGCAAAUUUUAAGAUUUUAAAUAUAGGGAUUUCUAAUAGUAUUUUAUAGGAAAUGCAUACCUUGCUGCAUGGAUAGCUCACUAAGAACUGUAAUGUCAGUGUCUCAAAGCUGUUACUACAAAAUUAGUGUUAGCAAUUAUAUUGCAUGUAUUAGUGUACACUUAGAAUUUGCUUAUAAAUACCUAAUCGGCCUCUAAAAGUAUGCUCUAUACACACCCAGAUGACUUUUAGGGUUUCAGCUUUGUCAUUUGAUACUGCCUACUGGCAUCUUAAGUACUGAAGAAAAAGUAAAUUUGCUAAAAAUUAAAGUUGUUUAUAAAAGAAAAAACUUUUUUUCAGUUUUUCAAUGUCAACAUGGUUGUUGGCACCUAAAUUUCAGAACUGUUCCUCAAGAGUUUGAAUAACUAUUACAUUGUUCAAUAUGUUGUCUCAAUCCAGCAGAAGCCAAAUACUUUAUUAAAUUAGGACUAAAACAUUAAGGAAUGUAAAGGCAUAAAUGCCAUUCAGUAAACUGAAACUUUAACUGUAUCUUCUCUCCAGAAUCUCCUCUCAAACGUGCAGUAAGCAGCUGCUGGCCCAAAUGACUAGACCAGCUGAAAAUAAAUGGUUAGUAUUAUGUAAACUGGAUUACUCAACUUGAAGCAGCAAAAACUGGAUGUUAACAUGGAAGUUCAUCACAACCUGCAGCCCUUCCUCUGGGAGCAAGGAUGCCAUUUGAGUGAGCCUGACAUUCAAGGUGGCUAUACAACAUCAGCUUCAAAAAGGGUGGAGGGGUAAGGCUGCUUCUUGAAAAGAGAUGCUCCAGUUUGGGUUUGUGGCAAAGCUGUCCUGGUUUUUGCUCUUCAGAUUCACGCAAAGGUGUGCAUUUGCCUCGGGAAGGCUUUUAAAGUUCCUGUUUCAGCAAGUGAGAUAAUUUUGUGGCAUUGUUUGCGCAACUGGUAUCUUGCUCAAGGUGGGAACCUUUGUAGCUAAAUGUCUCCAAAAGAGGCGUUUAUUGGGUUUUUUUUUAAGCUGCACUGACUGUAUGGCCUUUUUUGAAUCCACUGUAUAUUUCAACAUUUUGAACCAUGACUAGCUCGACAUGUCUCGAGCUAGGACUUGUUGACUUCUACUGUAGUUUUUUCAUGAAAGUUGAGAAGGCCUGGUUUAUGGCCUUUUGUUUCUUCAUGAGAAGGUGUGGCACUGCCUAAAUGUUUCUUACUGUGAAACACACAGAACGUGAGGCUGCAGUCAGGGUUGUUUCUGGUGUUUUGAUAAUGGCUUGCAUGCUGCUUUCUAGUUAUCUGUCUGAGAAACAAAGUUUAUCAUUUUCUCCACUUGUAUUACUGUUGUGGUUGGUUUGAUUCAAAAUAUCUUGUGGGCUCUUUAUCAUGUGCAAAAUAGGUUCCUGUCCCAUAAAAACCCCACCAAAUGAACCAACAAGAAACCACAAUUAUGGGUGCAACUACAGUUAAUUUACUGACGUUUGAUAACUGUAUCAUUUCACACAGGAUAAAUAUUCUUGUGUUGGUACAGCUGAUGUAUAUAAUGACUAUGUCAUUAUGUAUUUGAAAUUAAGUAAAUUGAAGGUGAUUCUGUACUUACCCUUGGUGUUUAAAAGUAAGUUUUAAUUAGUUGGUUAUUAUCUCUGUUAGUGGGGAAAAAUAAUUCAGACUUAUAAUAGCUGGGGGAAAACAGAUUUAACUCUUGACCAGUUUUCAAAAGCAUUUCAUAUUUUUAAUUUGAAAUUAAUUCUUAUUCUCUUCUCUUGCAUGGUAUAAGCAGCUGAGAGCAAUGCCUCAAAUAACCAGAAAUGACCUUUUGUUUGUUGAUACAAAUUGUAUCUCUUUUUCUUGAUUGUAUAAAAACUGUGUAUAAAAAAUAAUCUCUAGAUUAACUUCAGUAUUACAUUUUCACUACAAUGUUUGUGGCACCAUGUGUCACAGGGAAGUAGCCCAUGAGUAAUUAUGGAUUUUUUUUAUUUAAAAUGGGCACUUGUAGUUUAUAGACAAACAGGGACAAUUUUUCAGAACCAGGUUAUGAUGUGCACCAAUACUGUGUGUACACAAAGCAUUUCAUAGGUAUUUUCAGUCUAUUUAUUAAGCAGAUACAUUCUUGCACUAAACUUUAUGUAAAAAUGUUGCUGUUGACUCAUCUGCAUGUGUUUAAAAUGUAACAGUAAUUGCUAUAGACCCUAUUUUAUUCUAACCAAUUAAUUUAUAAAUUAUUUAGGUAUAAGAUGAAGCUUAUUGUGCACUCAUGCUUUCCAUCUUGCAUGGAAUUAAAUAUUUGUAUGCAGAAAAAUGUUUGUUCCAUUUUUCUCCAUUUAUAAAGAUAAGCUAUUUUAAGAGAGGGUUAGUAGGUGAUUUUGAUGUUUUCUAAUAUGGAAAACUCAACAGAGAUUUCUGUAUGAAGUGCUGGGUGGCUUAUGGAGAUAUCCAUUUUUGUUGGAUUUGUCCUGUCAUUUUAAUUUUCACUAACCUUUGUUUUACUGAUGGAAGAAUUCCUUUUUAAACAAUGGGGAUGCUGUGAGAAUACAAACCCAGCAUACAAUUUCCCUAAGGCACUUCAAAGGCAAAUGGUCUUAUUCUGAGAAGCUAUUGGCAUCUCUCAUGCAUAGUUACAAAAUUGGCAGAGUAGCCUUGUGGAAAUAACCUGCAAAUUUUGUGCUUGUUUAGUCCUUCUUAGAGGUAAUGAAACUUUUCUGUGAUGUAGUCUUUCCUGAUCAACUACUUUAAGUGAUAAUUUGGUCAUCCACACCUGUUUUCAGGUAUGUUUACAAGACAGUUCAAAACACUGACACAUUCAUUAAUCUUCAGUGCAUAAGCUUGGAUUUCUUCUUACAUGGAAGAGUUGAUCUUAUUAACACCUGAUCAUAACUGUCUAUAUUGUAAAUAUAAGACUUUGUAUAAAUGCUCUAUUUUAGAGCAUGGUAUUUAAAUGCUUUUAAAUAUGUAAAAGAACAGUUCUAGAAACUAUAUUUUAAUAAAAUCCAUGAAAAAUCGAUUCUAGAUGGGGGGGGGAGUGUUAAGGUGUAAUCAUGGACUACUGCAGUUGAUAAGAGUUGAGCAGUAGAUUUUAGUGCUUUACUGGGGCCAGAGCAUUCUCUGGGAGUUCUGAUUUCCUUAUCUUUCAUCUUCAGCUAUAUUACUUUCACAUAAUUUGUCACUUAAAAGUGUGUAACUUUAAAUUCAUAAAUCAAAACCCAAAUGCUUUAUGGGAUGUCAGUUAAAUUAUUUCAUGAUUUUGUAAAAAUUACAUGUCAGUAAUAUAGUAAAUUAUACAUUAUUUCAUUGCUGUUAGUCCUGUUAUAUUGAGCUGCAGUAGUUGACUUUAUUCAUUUGUAGAAUUAAACAUUACUGUUUAAUUGUUGUAAAAUUUUAUAAAUCUCUUUGGGUUUUUUUGGUUGACCCAAAUAUAAUGUAAGUCUUAAUGACAAAAUGAGUGAAAAUGGAUGUUAAACCAAUAUGUGGUAUUCUUAAAUCUCUGUAGUGGUAAGUGGGCACUGCUCUAUUUGCUGCAGCGUGUAAUUUAUUUACUAGCAUGAGUCUGUUCAGCUUUUGUAAAAAUGCUUUAGCUGUAAAGUUAAAAGUAGGUGUGGAGUAUGGUUGCUUAGAACAAGUAGGAGCCAAAACCAAAAAAUCUAAGAAGGUGAGUUUCCCCCUACAUAUUUCUAAUGCCAGUUUGUCUCACAUUAUGCAUUUUGGUAUUUUGUUCAAAUAAUAAAGUUAAAAAUACUUGGUGACAUGUAUGCAUACCUGAUCUAUAUCAACCUGCAAACAGGAACAUUCAAUUUUUGUAAUUUUUAAAACUCCACACUAAGGGGAAGGAACAUGCAUAAUUUCUGUGAAACUUUGUUCCAAAGUUGAAAUAUUACUAUAUCUUGUUAAAAGUUUACCUGAAGCAUUAGUACUCCAGGACUUUUAACAGUCAGACCUUUAGAUCUGUCACAGUUACCUCUAUGGUAAGCAUUCAGCUUUCACACUCCUGUGAUGUACCUAUUGCUUGUUUGUGUGACAGAGCCCUCAUUAAGUGUAUUUCCUGCAACAUUUCAACUGGAAAAAUACAAUUGCACCAUCACGUAAAUUAGUCUUAUGCCGGUGUUUGGUUAGCCUUUGAAGAGUCAUUAUACAAUAUUGCUGAUUUUGAUCUGUAUUUAAAGUUUGUAAAUGUAUUAAAAUAAUUGCAAGAAUCUAAAGGAAGUAUAGGCUAUCAUGUGUUCCCCUCCUGCUAUAUGUAAAUGUUUUGCACAAUUAUUUAAUAAUAUGAAAUAUGUUAUUGUUUGUAUAUUAAAAAAUGCUUAGUUAAUAAAACUGAGAGCCAUUG